AUGUCAGCUGCAGGUUUAGAUUCAGCAGCCGGCUACUUGCAGGAGCCCACCGCACACGGCGCUGUAGUCCCUUCGCCUGCGCCUGCGCAAGAGAAGACGCACACCGUCGGAUACCAGUCCCUUCCCCAAGGUGAGGAGACUGACCCAGGCGGACAACCUGGGGGGAAGCACGUUAUUGCGGGGUGUAAAUGCCAUUCCACGUCAUCGGCCAAGCAAAUGGCGACGAUGCGCUCAUAUCUGAAGCCAACAAGAGUGCCCACGCUGACGAGCUCCACCCUUGUCUCGUUGCUCGCGCUCUUCUGGAAACACAACUCGUUCCCGCUCAAUCUGGCCUUGCUCGUGCUCCUCGGCCUACUUGAGAGUUUGAGCUUGACUAGCCACGUCAGACACCCAGACCUGACCAAGCUUGGCUCGGGCCUCCUCGUCCUCGGCGGUGCCGGCUCCGAAAAGCGCUCAUCCACUCAAGAUCCACCGACCUCAUCUCCGCAGCCGGUGGCUCGCCCCUCCUGUGCCUAA